GCGCUUGCGCAGUAGUUGGCUCAGCUCGCGGCCGCUCCACUUUCACUGCGUUGCUAAGCGACCGCAGUCAGGUGACUGUCUGCAGACAGAACAUGGCUGACCUGUCAGAAGACCAAUGAGAGAGAGGCCAAAUUUUACAUUAUCGAUCUGCUUUCCCUGGGCGUUUGGACCACGGUCCGUCUCUCCAACACAGUGUGAAACGCAACAGCCAAGAUGAGUGGGUUACCAGAUGGGCUGACCAAUGGCCCCAGUAAAAGUGACCAUGUGGAUAAUGGCGCUCAGGUUUGGGAGAGGCCGUGGACUAUAGCAGAAAUGAAACAGAACAGCGCCAACUGGUCCCUGGCAGCUGACUCAGGGCUUUUCCUGUUCCUUCAAGACUUCAGCCAGAGAAUGUUGUCCAAGACUCACGAGAUCGAAAAACAGCUGGACAGCCUGAUCCGAGACACGAAGGCCACGGACAGCUGCCUGCAUUCUGUGUUCAACGACUUCCUCAUGCUGUCCAAUACACAGUUCAUAGAGAAUAGGGUUUAUGAUGAAGAAGUGGAGGAGACAGUAGCCAAAGCUGACGCAACAGAAAAACAGCCCGAGCAGGAGAAGACGAAGGAGCAGAAGGAGGCCGAGCUCAUCCCUAAAAUGCAGGAGGCGGUCACUUAUGGCCUCAAAGUCCUGGAGUCCGCGUUUGAACAUCUGGACAUUAAAGCUGGAAACUCCGACUCAGAGGACGAAGAGGUGCCUGACAGAGUGGACGCCAUUUUGGAGCCCAAGGACCUUUAUGUAGACAGACCCCUCCCAUACCUGAUCGGCUCCCAGGCUUUUAUGGAGCAAGACGACGUGGGCUUGGGUGACCUCUCCAGUGACGAAAUGUCCGUGGACAGUGACAGAGACAGUGUGAUUGAAAGUGAAGAUGGCAAAGCUGCUGUGCAUUCAGAUGAAGACUACAACCAGGAUGACAAUGAGACUCCGGAAAUUAAAAAGAAGUCGUCCAUGUUGAGUUAUGAUGACGAUGAAGAUGAUGAGGACUCCGACAUAUUUGGAGAAUCUGACAAGGAGGAAGAAGAAGAUACAAAGAGCACACACCAGGCGUCCUUUGCAGAUGAGCUGGCAGCUAGAAUCAAAGGAGAACCUGUGAUUAAACCAGAGGUGGACCGUGCAUCACUGUCCUCUAAGAAGAAGAGUAAGAGCCGGAAAGAGUCCAAGCCUGCCAAACCAGAGGCGGACGAGGACAGUGAUGACAUGUUCAAGCCUCCAAAGAUGGACUACGAAGAGGAGGAGGACGAGGAAGACCUGUCUCCAUUUGGAGUAAAGAGCGGACUCUUCAGUGGGGGGAGGGGCCUGUUUGAUGAUGAUGACGAGGGAGACCUUUUCUCUGAUGCACCUAAACCACCAGUGAAGGAGGAAAAAAUACAACACACCGCAAAAACAACAGCACCAUCUACAGGUUCCACAAAGUCUGGAAAGAAGAUUCCAGUUGGUGGAGUUUCAAUAUUCCCAGAGAAUAAUUUGUUUGGUUCACCGCCUGACACCGAACCUGUGGAGAGUAAAGAAAACGGGACUCCAGCUGCUAAAACCCCGAUGGGAGGAGGGCUGUUUGAUGAUGAAGAGGAGGAUGACUUCUUCAGCGGAAACUCAGUCAAAACAUCUGCAGUAAAGGAGAAGCCCAAACCUAAAAAGGCUGUUGAUCUGUUCGAUGAUGAGGAUGAAGAUGGAGACCUUUUCAGUCACAAGUCCAGCUCCACUCCUCAGAGCAAGAAGGAAGCAGAGGAACCACAAGUGAAGCCUCCAGAGAAGAAGAUUGCCAGUCCGCCGCUGCCAGAGGAUGAAGCAUAUGAGCUGAUCAGAAGUGAUGCGAUGAAGCUGAUGAGAAGACCCAUGUCUCCAGAAGAUGAAGGACAAGAGCUGAUCAGAAGUGAUGGGAUGAAGCUGAUCAAAAAACCAAGGGCAGACACACGGUGGAAAUUGAGGACCAGGCUUCUGAUCAGAAGUGAUUUGAUGAAGCUAACCAGAAGAACUGUAUCUCCAGAAUUUUCCCCCAUAAAUCCACCCAUGAUGGAAAUUGAGGACAGGUCCACAAGCAGACAGCUGUUCUAA